GCGGAGUUCUCAUUCGUCCAGAGUGACAUUGAACUGAAAGUUCCGGUCUAGCCUACUGACAAACUAAAUCAACUGCACCCUAAACUGCGAAUACGUUUUUUUUUAUUAGCCAACCGAAUGGAUUGAUCUUCAGAAGCAAGUGUAUCAGUGGGUACGUUUUACUUUACUAAAACUCUUGUCAACAUGUCCAAGUUUUGAAAUUGACCGUGCCCAGUGUAAGAGAGCGUCCCCCACCCCUAAGACCCACAUGUGUAUCAUCUUCUUCAAGUUCGACCCUCGGCCUGCAUCCAAAAAUGCCUACAGGCUAAUUUUGGCCGCAAACAGAGAUGAGUUCUACAACAGGCCAACCAAAGCUGCAGACUUUUGGGCGAGCAACAGCGAAAUCCUCAGUGGGCUGGACCUGGAGGAGGGGAAGGAAGGAGGAUCAUGGCUGGGGAUUAACAAGAGGGGCAAGCUGGCCGCACUGACCAAUUACCUGGAGGGAAGGCCCAAUCCUGACGCACAAGGAAGAGGGUUCCUCGUGUCCAAUUUCCUGGCAGAUCAGAGCCAGGACAGCUACUCCUACCUGAAGAGGGUGUCAUCUGAGGGACAUCUCUACAAUGGCUUCAACCUCCUUACCGCUGAGUUCAAGGCCAAAGAAGACACUGUGUGUUACUAUGGAAACAGGGGCAGUGACGAACCCAUCCGUCUAAAUCCAGCAGGAAUCUAUGGUUUGAGUAACUCCCUGUUGGAGACUCCAUGGAGGAAGCUGCAGCAUGGGAAGAGACUGUUUACCAGCGUAGUGAACCAGACACUGCCUUGUGACAGCCUGGUCCAUGAUCUGCUCAACGUCCUCAACAACGAGGAGCUGAACACCCCUGACCCAGCCCAGGAGAGCCAGGGUGAAGGGUACAGCAGCCCCAUGCUCCGGGCCCUGUCCUCUGUGUGUGUUCGCUCCCCGCAUUACGGCACAAGGACCAAUACCAUUAUCCUAAUAGACGCAUCAGGGAAUGUGACCUUCACAGAGCGCACCAUGCUCAACUGUGACGUCAGCCAAUGGAGCACAAGCUCUUUCCAGUUCAAAAUCCAGAACUGAAGACCGCUAAAUGGGGCUAUAUGGGAAUCACACUCUGUGCCUUUCUGCAUCCAACCUCCUCCCUAUCCCUCCUUCUUCCACAGCAAGCUCUGGCUUCACAAUAGUGAAAUGAACAUGAAGAUUGAUUUGCUAUUUAAAAUGGUGGGGGGAGAGAGUCAAAUUAUGGCACUUUUUUUCAGAGAGAUUGAUGCACUGUUCAUGUAAUUGUCUUUGGGGAAUACGUUUUAGCUUGACUUAGACGUGUGAAUGAAUUAAAUCAUACAUAAUGGGUGCUAUUCUUAUUUUGUUAAUUGGAUUAAAAUAUUAUUUUGAGGUGUGUGCUUAAGUGUAUUGCCAAAGAACAAAUGUAAUUUAAUAACCAAAGUAAAUUAUUUACAUUUAA